AUGACUAUCUCUGAUUCUGAACAAUCCUUAGAUAUUUUGGAGGAAUUAUUCCAAAAAUUACAAUUGGCCUCUCCAGAUGAGACAGAUGAUAUAUCAUCGCAACUUUCAUCAUUUCUCAACGGGAAUAUUAUAGAACAUGACUUACCUGAAAAGUUUUUCGAAGAGUUGCGUAAGGCAAUUCAAAAUGACCAGACUUCGUAUAAUGGCUUAGAUGCUAUUGUUUAUAUUGCAUCCACCACCAAUUUGUCACCUUCCGUAGAACCUUUCAUUGUUUCGAUUGUGCCUGCUGUAUUGGAGAAGGUGGAAUCCAAAAACACAGCGUUGCAUAAGAUGGCUUCCAACGCACUAUUGGCCAUCGUAAACGCCACAGAUCCAGUAGCUAUUAAGGCUUUACUACCAUUUUUAACAAGCUCAUUAGAAACUACAUCUAAAUGGCAAGUGAAAAUUGCUAUAUUGAAUUCAAUUUCAGCUUUGGUAGAGGUUGCUAAAUCACAAAUAGCUUUAAGAAUGCCAGAGUUAAUACCCAUUCUCUCAGAAACUAUGUGGGAUACCAAAAAGGAAGUUAAAACAGCAGCUACUCAAACGAUAACAAAAACGACUGAAGCAAUAGAAAACAAAGACAUAGAAAAGUUUAUUCCUCAGUUGAUCUCGUGUAUUGCUGAACCUUCAUUGGUUCCGGAAACAAUUCAUUUAUUGGGUGCAACAACUUUUGUAUCUGAAGUCACACCAGCAACAUUAUCUAUAAUGGUCCCAUUAUUAACAAGAGGUUUGAAUGAAAGGGAAACAUCAAUCAAACGUAAAGCUGCUGUCAUUAUUGAUAACAUGUGUAAAUUAGUGGAAGACCCCCAGGUUGUUACCCCAUUCUUAGGUAAAUUGUUACCUGGAUUGAAAGCAAAUUAUUCCACAAUCGCUGACCCAGAGGCUCGUGAAGUUACUUUAAGAGCUUUGAAAACAUUAAGAAGAGUGGGGAAUGUUGGUGAAGAUGAUGUAUUACCAGAAGUUUCUCACGCUGGUGAUGUUUCUACUACUUUAUCUGUUAUUAAAGGGUUAUUACAGCAACAUAAAGUUGAGAAGAGAUUUGAUACUGUUGUUUAUCAUAUUGCAGCAGUAGCUGCGAAUUUGAUUGAUCAGCGAGUUAUUGAUCAACAAGCAUGGUUAACACAUGUUACACCUUAUAUGACUAUUUUCCUACAUGAAAUCGAAUCAAAGGAAAUUGUUGAUCAAUUCCGCAAACUUGCAGUGGAUAACAUUCCUGUUGGACCAUCCUUUGAUGAUGAAGAAGAAGGUGAAGAUUUAUGUAACUGUGAAUUCUCAUUGGCUUAUGGGGCAAAAAUACUAUUAAAUAAGACUCAGUUGAGACUAAAACGUGCAAGAAGAUAUGGUUUAUGUGGUCCAAAUGGUGCUGGUAAAUCAACAUUAAUGAGGGCUAUUGCUAAUGAACAAGUUGAAGGAUUUCCAUCACAAGAGGAAUGUAAGACUGUGUAUGUUGAACAUGAUAUAGACAACACACAUUCUGAAACUUCUGUUCUAAAUUUUGUUAUGGAAAGUGGUGUCGGGAAACAAGAUGUCAUUGUUGAUAAAUUGAAAGAAUUCGGGUUUUCAGACGAAACCAUAAAUAUGCCCAUUUCUGCUCUUUCAGGUGGUUGGAAAAUGAAACUCGCCUUAGCUAGAGCUGUCCUUAAAAACGCCGAUAUACUCCUAUUAGAUGAACCCACAAAUCAUCUUGAUACAAUUAAUGUUAAGUGGUUGGUAGACUAUCUAAAUACAUGUGGUAUUACAUCAAUUAUUGUCUCUCAUGAUUCUGGCUUUUUGGAUAAUGUUUGCCAAUAUAUAAUCCAUUAUGAAGGUUUAAAGCUAAGAAAAUACAAAGGUAAUUUAUCCGAAUUUAUCAAGAAAUGCCCAUCCGCUAAAUCUUAUUCUGAAUUAGGUGCAUCUGACUUGGAAUUCCAAUUUCCUGCCCCUGGUUAUUUGGAAGGUGUUAAAACGAAACAGAAAGCAAUCGUCAAAGUUUCAAAUAUGACUUUCCAAUAUCCAAGAACUAGUAAGCCUCAAAUAUCGGAUGUUUCGUUUCAAUGCUCCUUAUCUUCCAGGAUUGCUGUCAUUGGUCCAAAUGGAGCUGGAAAGUCCACUUUAAUAAAUGUUCUAACUGGUGAACUGCUUCCCACCUCAGGCGAUGUAUACACACAUGAAAAUUGCCGUAUUGCAUAUAUUAAGCAACAUGCUUUUGCCCAUAUUGAAUCACACCUAGAUAAGACGCCAUCAGAAUAUAUCCAAUGGCGUUUCCAAACUGGUGAGGAUAGAGAGACUAUGGAUCGAGCAAAUAGACAAGUGACAGAAAGUGACACAGAAAGUAUGAACAAGAUUUUCAAGAUUGAAGGUACAUUAAGAAGAAUUUCUGAGAUUCAUUCAAGAAGAAAAUUCAAGAACACUUAUGAAUAUGAAUGUUCAUUCUUGUUAGGUGAAAAUGUAGGUAUGAAGUCGGAAAAAUGGAUCCCCAUGAUGUCAGUUGAUAAUGCCUGGUUACCUAGAGGAGAAGUUGUCGAGUCACAUUCCAAACUAGUUGCUGAAGUGGAUAUGAAGGAAGCCUUAACCUCCGGCCAAUUCCGUGCUUUGACUCGUAAAGAGAUUGAAGAACAUUGCUCAAUGUUAGGUUUGGACUCUGAAUUGGUUUCUCAUUCUCAGAUUAGAGGAUUAUCCGGUGGACAAAAGGUUAAACUGGUUUUAGCUGCUUGUACAUGGCAACGUCCUCAUUUGAUUGUCCUUGACGAACCUACAAAUUAUCUAGACAGAGACUCGUUGGGUGCAUUAUCGAAGGCUUUAAAAGCGUUUGAAGGUGGGGUGAUCAUUAUUACGCACUCUGAAGAAUUUACCAAGAAUUUAACUGAAGAAGUAUGGGCUGUGAAAGAAGGUAAGAUGACGCCAUCUGGUCAUAACUGGGUUUCUGGACAAGGUACUGGUCCAAAGUUAGAAGAAAAGGAAGCCGAGGGUGACCAAUUUGAUGCAAUGGGUAACAGAAUCAGUGCUGGAAAGAAGAAAACAAAGUUAUCAUCAGCUGAAAUGAGGAAGAAGAAAAAGGAGAGACUCAAGAGGAAGAAAGAGAUGGGAGACGAGUAUGUGUCAUCGGAAGAGGAUGUUUUUUGA